AUGAAACUCGUCAGAUUUUUGAUGAAGUGCGCCAACGAGACGGUGACAAUCGAACUCAAGAAUGGCACCAUCAUCCACGGCACGAUCACUUCAGUCUCGCCGCAGAUGAACACGGCGCUGCGCACAGUCAAGAUGACACCUAGGGGUCAGGAUGCCGUAUCGCUCGAUACUAUGAACAUCCGCGGUUCGACGAUCCGAUACUUUAUCCUGCCCGACUCGCUGCCGCUCGACACAUUGCUCAUCGACGACCAACCGAAGCCUAAGAACAAGGCGCGUAAGGAAGCGGAGCGCGGCGGUCCUGUUCGUGGAGGAAGAGGCGGUCCCAGAGGAAGAGGCCGUGGCCGGGGACGCGGUCGCGGACGUGGUUGA